GGCAGUUGGCACGUUUUCGCUGUGGGUCAACCGUCGCUGUCUCGAGGCAGCAGGAUCGGCCGUGUGCGGCUGUCUCGUGAAUUUUCUACCAACCGCAUUUCUCCCCGCCGCGGCUCGAGCUCCACUCGCGGAAUCACACACAUGGCCGCCGCCGCCGCCGCCGCGGCUUACUGCCCCGCGCCGCCGCGCCGGCUUUGCUCCGCCAUGGCGCUGCUGCCGGCGCCCUCCUCCCACGCCGCGUCCUGCCGCCGGAGGGCGGACGGCUACGGCUCCUCCUCCGCCCGGCGGUGGACGUGCCGCCGCUGGGCGCACCGGCCGGAGUCCGCGGCGCCCCGGAUCCGGCGCCCGCCGCCGUCGCGGCGCGCCGCGGCGGUGAGGGUGAGCUGCGCUUACUCCCCCGGCGCUGAAAGAAUUACUGCAUGCUCUUGGAACGAAUAUGUGAUCUGCAGUGAUGUACCUGUCCUUAUUGAGUUUUGGGCCUCCUGGUGUGGACCUUGCAGGAUGGUCACACGAAUUGUCGAUGAGAUAGCACAAGAGUAUGCUGGGAGAAUAAAAUGCUAUAAGCUUGACACUGAUGAUUACCCGCAGGUUGCUACUGCUUACAGUAUCGAGAGGAUUCCAACUGUUUUACUCUUCAAGGAUGGAGAGAAAAUACAUAGUAUUACAGGGACACUGCCAAAGGCUGUGUAUGUGAAAGCCAUUGAGAAAUAUAUUUCAGACAAUGAUAUAUUUGAUUAGUAUACUUUGGUCCAUAUUAAUGAAUCUGUGUACUUUGUCUUGCUACCAGAUAAUGCAGAGUUUACGACAUGAGCAUCUUACCUAGAAGUAUGAGAUUGUGGGUUAUCCUUUUGCUAUGCAAUAACAAGAGUAAAUAUAAUGCGUUACAGGGCUGCAUAUUUGAGUCCCUCAGCAAUAUCUUAUUAAGUGAAGUCAAAGCAGAUUUCCCUCAUUUUCUUGUGAUAUCUAUCAUCUAAUGUUAUAUGUUUCAUCCUUCAUGCUUUCUGUCGAUAGUACAAAUCUUGCAGCAACUUGGUUUUGACAAUCUUUAUUUCCACAAAACUUAACACCUCUUAUCACACCUAUAUACUCUACAGCAGCUAACCAGUUGAGUUUUUAUUCUCAAAAGGAGCGUCGCCACUAUGUGACUACGUGAGUACUAGUUUAGCUACUUAUUUACACCAAUACCAAGCUGAUUUUCUCAGCCAUCUCUUCAAGGUAUGUUCCACUAACCAAACCUUUUGGCUACCGUCUUCAUUCUGUUCAAUGUUGGAUAUGCAUAGAAUAAACUGGCAAAACCCUGGUUCUUACUUGUUAGGCAGGAGAUAUUUUUCUAUUCCCUUCUAGGUUAUCACACCUAUAUGGAACAUAUAUUAAGGAACCAUAACAGUAUUAUGGAAAUGAACUUACCUGUAGCAAGAACAUAACUGGAAUCCUGAAGGACAAUUUAUGUUGUUCAAAACAUAUAUAUAUCUUCUGCUUGUGCUAAGAUCAUUUUUUUAGAAUGUAUGGUAUAUACCCUGUCCCUCCCUCGCUCUUUUGAGCUGAGACGACAGGAGCUCUGAACACUGUUUUGUUAACCACAGUUUGGAUGCCCAUGUAAAUAUUUUGAUUGGACGUAGAUUACAUAAUUAUUCCCAAGAUCCCAUCUAGUAUUGCAUAAUUGUUUGCUCUUCUCAAGAAUGAUGAGGAGAGAUAGCCUAUAUCAAGAUUGGGUAUCUGCAGAGUUAGUGUGGGAUAUCUUUGUCAUUACUGCCCCCAGAAAGAUUCGUUGAGGCACAAACAUAACUACUCUAGUCAAGAAACAUGGAUCAGGUGCAUAAUUUAUAUUUUAUAAAGUUUACAUGAAGUUUUAACAUGACACAGCUAUUACCUAAAAACUGCAGAAUUGUGCCUACUCUAGUUUGAGUGCUGUCGAUCUUGUUACUGGCCUUAUUGACCAAAUGUGCUAUUAUCAUUACUUUGACCAAACAUGUUGCAUGGCAGACUGGAUACUUACUACCCCAUACUUUUGCAUCUCAUGUGGCAAAGCGAGUUUGUAUGGUUAUAUGGUGAUGAUAGAAUGAGUGUGUACUGGAUGAUCAGCUUGGUGUCACUGAUCUCCAUGCAUUCUUGUUCAGCACUCAAUUCCCUCAGCAGAAGCCCAUGACUCAUGGUAUUCAUUUCAGCCCUAAGUCAACAUGAUGAAAUGGACAUUGAUCUUAUGUGCACAUGUUGCCGGCUUCCAUGUAUAUAGUUCUUGGCGUGUCCAUCAUUUAAGAGCCUUAUAUACAGCCUUAGUAUGAGGAAAUCACUUAGUUCCUGGAGUACUUGCACACCAUCUGCCACAAUGACUAGUUGACCACUUCAUGGCUACUACUGGAAUUUAUCAGCUUCCGUCAUGUCAUCAUAAGAAAAUUAUUGGACGACUUAUAUACAAUGUUGGUGAUAGAUGUCAAUUGGUACACAAUUUGGUCUGGGACAUUUGUGAUGGUGUACCCUGGGGAGCCACACCAGUUGAGCAUGCUGACACAUAUCACCUUUACCAUGGGUAUAAGACAGCCUGUGGUUAUCAGACUGUUGGAGACCUCUGAUCCUCAUAAACAUCGGAUACUCAAGUGGAUGCUACCAGUCAUUAUCUGAUCCAUUGCAGUAACCAUGAAAGUAAUUCUGCGACUGCUGAUGAAAAAGGAAAUGCUGAGACUAUAACUAGUGCAAGACUACUUUUUAUGGUGGUAAUGAACAGCUGAAGCAGCCCACCGUAAUGCAGGAUGAGUUGUUGAAACCAUGGAAUGCGUGAUUGAUGACCAUCAUAGUCCCUGGGUGCAUUGUCAUUGCCGUCAUCAGAUGUACUGCAAUUGGUGUUUAUGUCUCUUUUAUAAAACUUCCUCAGCCUUUGGGUGCUUAGUGAGGCAUUACCUGGUAUCAUCUCAGAAUUGUGCUGGCCCUUUCUGCCUCGCCAUUACAAGAGAUACAUCUGUGUUACACGGGGGCACAGGGCACUAGACCUCUGAAGCUGCACAGCUAGCAGUCAGGCCACUCAAUAGCUCAUCUAUGCUUUUAUUGGGCUUCAGUUUUUCAUGUACAUCUCCCGUGCUAACAUGGUCAACAACAGCAUGGAGAAGUACCUAACUGCGGGUGGCAAAGGACUUUGAUGUGAUAUGGAUAAUCAUUUGCAGGUCUUGUUCUGCUGACAAUGACUUUGAUCCUAAAGGUAGAAGUUGCAAAUGAGUAGGAUUAUGGACUAGUUGUAGGAAUGGUGUCCAAGGACUGCAGAUCUGCAGUGAUGUGGUAGCAGCAACCAGCAAGAUGGCCAUGAGUUUUCAAGAUUUUUUGUGCUGCGUAGCAAAUUGUCUCAGUGGAGCCAAGGACACAAUAGUGUUGGAUGCUUUGGACAUCAAAUGCCUUUGUGUUUAAUGGUAUCCACUAUCAUUGAUAGUGUCAAUAGUAUCCCCACUUAGCAGUUCAGUCGACUGUGGAGAUGCCGGGGUUUUCUUCUUGCUCAACUUUGGGGAACUAUUUUCUCACAACACAAUGAUAUGAUUAGAGCUUGGAAGUUGCCUUUGCUUUAUCUUGUAUCUAAUCUGUCACUGCCCAUUGGUACAAAUAAUAGAAGUGAAGGCGGAGAUGUACCUGGCUCCUACUCAUUGUAUGAAACUUAUUAACAUGUUUUGCCGCGUCUUAACUGUAUGGUUUUGUAGUUUAUGGGUAGUAAAUUGAUGUUCGUGGUGUUCUUGAUGAUGAA